GUCAUCCUGAAAGACGUGGAUUCGUUACUUUAUGUGGACACAGAUGUGCUGUUCUUGCGGCCCAUGGAUGACAUCUGGCUGCUCCUGAAGGCCUUCAACAGCACCCAGCUGGCUGCGAUGGCCCCGGAGCAUGAGGUGCCAAAGAUUGGCUGGUACAGCCGCUUUGCCCGGCACCCGUUCUAUGGAGACACGGGGGUCAACUCCGGCGUCAUGCUGAUGAAUCUCACACGGAUCCGCAGCACGCUGUUUAAGAAUAGCCUGAUUCUCAGCGGUCUGUCAUGGGAGGAUCUUCUCCACCCACUUUACCAGAAAUACAAGAACCACAUCACCUGGGGUGACCAGGACCUCCUCAACAUCAUCUUCCACUACAACCCAGGUGCAGUGCCUUCUUACUGGCAGCUGCAGACUGAGUUCCAGCUGCAGCAGCCAGAUGUGGUCAUUAAGGGCUCAGAACCAUUGGCAUGA